AUGCCUACCAAAGGCCACCAACGGUCGCGUUCAUCCAUCGACCGGGUCAUUGAUCUGCUGGCAGAUCUUGAAGACAACCAAAUCAGCCUCCUCCUCGAUGACUUGAACCACACCACCUCGAGCAAUGUCGCCGUACCGGAUGCGAUCGCCCUUUUCGAGCAUCAUGCGAACAAACCCAGGAACAGGUCAUGCCGGUCUCCUUCUCCGCUGAGGACCCUGCAGGUCGAGCUCGAGCGACGUCACAGCAAGAGACUUUCUGCUGCACCAGAAAGACUGUCUCGUUUCAAAGCAGCCAACCCCCAACCGCCCGCCCCCCAGGACCUAGCGACGCCGUCGCCGUCGCCGUCGCCGCCACCCACAGAGGACCUCUUCGACCAACCCAACUUCAACGACAGCUUCUCACUUGACCUGUCCCCGCCACCCGUGUCGUUCGACCACCCCAAGACCUCAUCGGCCGGACCACCCCCGGUAUUCCGCCCUCGUUCUUACAAGAGGAUCAGCCGGCCCAUGUUCCUCUCACCGACCGCAACAGCCGAACUUCACCUGUUGCUCCUUGCCUUCUUCAACGAGACCCCGCUCCCGCCGGUCUCGCCGGUCACAACCGCGACUCCAUCACCCACUACACCGCUUUUCGGCUUUUCCCAUUCUCCCUUCACCGACUUCGAAGUUGAACCGAACACUCCAGGCCUCGAUCUGCUCGAACCUUCACCGACACGGACACCAAGCUUUUCCGGUGGGAGAAGCCUCAAGACGAUGCCUAGCAUCAGUAGCAUAUUCGAGGUCAUGAGGUCACAGUAG